GACUGAGACUGCCAGACUAGUCGGUUCUCCCGAGCGUCAGAUCUCUGAGAAUGCGCUUGUCCAAAUCCCUGGCUGACAUGGAGAUGGCAGACUACAGCGAGGCCCUGGACCCUGCGUACACCACGCUGGAGUUUGAGAACAUGCAAGUGCUCGCCAUGGGCACAGACUCCUCGCCGGUUGAAAGCGCCAACAUGAACACCGCUAACCACCUGGGGCCGGCGACGCUGUGCGCCAUCUGCGGGGACCGGGCCACGGGGAAGCACUACGGCGCGUCCAGCUGCGACGGCUGCAAGGGCUUCUUCCGCCGCAGCGUCCGCAAAAACCACAUGUACUCCUGCAGGUUCAACAGACAGUGCAUAGUUGACAAAGACAAGCGGAAUCAGUGUCGGUACUGCAGACUGAAGAAGUGCUUCCGAGCAGGCAUGAAAAAAGAAGCCGUACAGAACGAGAGGGACAGAAUCAGCACCAGGAGAUCCAGUUAUGAGGACAGCAGUUUACCCUCCAUCAACGCACUCAUCCAGGCAGACGUGCUGUCCAGACAAAUUUCCUCCCCGCAUCCCGUCCUGAACGGAGACAUCAGGGCGAAGAAAAUGGCCACCAUUACGGAUGUGUGCGAGUCCAUGAAGCAGCAGCUGCUGGUGCUGGUGGAAUGGGCCAAAUACAUCCCGGCCUUCUGUGACCUCGCCCUGGACGACCAGGUGGCUUUGCUGCGAGCUCACGCAGGCGAACACCUUCUUCUAGGAGCUGCCAAAAGGUCCAUGCUGUACAAAGACCUGUUGCUGUUAGGAAAUGACUACGUUAUUCCCCGUAACUGCCCUGAGCUGGAGGUGAGCCGGGUGGCGGUGAGGAUCCUGGACGAGCUGGUGCUGCCCUUUCAGGACCUCCAGAUAGAUGACAAUGAAUAUGCCUGCUUGAAGGCCAUUGUGUUCUUUGACCCAGAUGCCAAAGGCCUCAGUGACGCUGGGAAGAUCAAGCGGAUGCGCUACCAGGUGCAGGUGAGCCUGGAGGACUACAUCAACGACCGGCAGUACGACUCGCGCGGUCGCUUCGGCGAGCUCCUCCUCCUGCUGCCCACGCUGCAGAGCAUCACCUGGCAGAUGAUCGAGCAGAUCCAGUUCGUCAAGCUCUUCGGCAUGGCCAAGAUCGACAACCUGCUGCAGGAGAUGCUGCUGGGAGGUUCUGCGAACGAGACGCCUCACGCACCCCACUCUCUGCACCCACACCUGGUCCAGGAGCACCUGAGCAACAACGUCAUCGUGGCCAGCGGCAUACCGGCUCCCAUCCACAACGGCCAGAUCUCUGCUCCUGACACCCCGAUCCCAUCACCGCCGGCAACCGCCAGCUCGGAACACUACAAGCUGGCCCAGGGUGUGAUUGCCACGGUACCCAAACAGCCAAAUGCCAUCCCGCAACCUGCCAUCACAAAGCAAGAAGCCAUGUAACACCCUCCCAUGAUCCUAAGCCCCCAUCCCCCCACACACACACAAAACAAUUCUCCAUAAAAAAAUAUCUCAUGUCCUAUGCCCCUCAAUCCAGAAUACCCCCCAUACCUCACAAAACCACAACCCCAACAGAAACCACACCUGGUACCCUGCCUCCCCCACCACAGGGUUCAAAUUACGGGGGGGAUUGGCGGGGUCUGACCCCCCUAAUUAAGACUUGGACCCCCCCCCCCAAAAGAGGUAAAAACAACAGG